AUGGUGCAAGAGUUUGCAGACAGUGCUGACACCCAUCAUCGCAAAAGGUCCUUUGACUUGGCCAACAAUUAUCAAAACGUCACGACAUUACGACGCUCUAUUCGCCAUGGCCAGCCCUCAUCUGUUCUUUCAGUAGACUGCCCCGAAGCCGAUCCUGCUGCCCCGUCUACCAAGAGACGACCGGUCUUCCAGAAAUAUUCGAAUAUGCCGGUCGAGGUCGGCUCGAUAAUGUCAACGCCUUUCCCGUCCUUUAUGUCUGUAGUUGGGCAAGCCGAUGCGAGUAUAGCCAAGGAUAUGGAAGAUUUGCCUCAAGCGGACUCGAUACACAGCGAUACGCAGAUCCUGGUCACAGAUGCAAAACCCCCUCCGGAACGAUCUCAACGCUCUGCUCAGUCCUUACAUCACCGUGAUAGUGUUACCUCGAUCACGACUUCGUCGACAGAAUCAUCACCUACGACUACGAACUCCACCUUUGAUUCGCCGUUAAUAACGGAUUCUUCACCCUCCUCCUCUCCGGAAUCUGCUACCUCCAAUCCUCCCGUUUCACCGUUUAGAACCAUUAUGGUGAAAUCUUCGCUGGACCAGACACAUAACUAUCCGCAACAAAGGUUUCUGCCGACAGAAAUCAUUCAUGGGCCACCGGCGCGGCCUGGGGCCGCCAUUGUUGACAGUUCCAAGAAUGUUAAGAAUCUAUCAUUGAAUAUGAGUGCCGUGAUUCUGCCCCGUCCGGCUACCUCGCACGGCUUUGAGACUUCCCAAGCUUUUUCCGCUCCCACAUCGCCGAUGAAGGACACGCCCAGGACGGGGCGGAAGAAACCUACGAAUCUGACCAUUCGGACCCCAGGUUUUCAACAAUUGACCUUUAAUCGGGCAUUAGACGUGCCCCCCACGCCCAGCUCGAGGCCAUCGUUGCAUCAUAUGCAAUCUUCACCUGCCCUGGCCUCGCUGGCGUCUCCUACUAAACCACCAGCUCAAGGUCUAUAUCUUCAUCUUCCUGCUAGUGGUACUAUUCACUCGGGUCCUGGCUCCGAGUCGAGCAAUUCCAACCAGUCGGGGACCAGCGCUCUUCCCGAGUUAAAAGAGGAGGACGAGUUUCAUCCCCAACGAUCACAAGAAACUCAAGAAAGAGGAUAUCAUAAAGGACCUAUCCUGAUCUAUGAGAGUGGCGUUUAUUUGUACUUGGAACCCACGGCCGAAGAAGCCAGCAAAUUUGAUACCGUCAUCAAUGUGGCCAAGGAAAUCAGAUGCCCUUUUGAAUCGGACGACUCGAAACGGGAAAUUCAAGAGCCGCAAACCGCCAUUUCCGAGAUGUCUUUCAAGUCAGCUUGGGAAUGGCCACAACCAAAUGAAAUACCGACACCUACCACUCCGAGGCAAAGUUCUUUUCAGCCGAAGACACAGCCCGAGUAUUUACACGUACCAUGGGAUCACAAUUCGGAAAUAUUGGAGGAUUUGUAUUCCCUAUGCCGACUAAUUGAUGAAAGAAUACAAACGGGAAAAAGGGUGCUAAUACACUGUCAGCUUGGCGUUAGCCGGUCAGCCUCACUUGUAAUCGCAUAUGGCCUCUUCAAAGGGUAUCAACCAGAUUUUCAUUCAAUGUACAUGAGUGUGAAGCAACGAAGUCAAUGGGUUGGACCGAACAUGAGCCUGAUCUAUCAAUUGACGGAUUUCAGGGCGAAGGUGGUCAAAGGCGUGUAUGGUGAACAUUCAUAUCAUCCAUCACCGAGUUGGUGGAAGAUACGACCCUCGAGUCCACCAGUCACGGACACACCGAUUGCGAAACAGUCUUCGUGGCAGCCGGUGGAACUAGAUAAUGACAAAGCUAAAACAUCAGCUGCUGCAGGCAAGGCAGUUUCACCUCCGUCGACAAAGCCUCUUCCACCUUUGAGACUGAACAAGGCCCUUCCGCCGGUGCCUCUAUUUCCCAAGAACGAGCAAAUCCACACGAUAGCUACACCGGUGAAAUUGAGUCAGAUCUUGGGAGGCAUUGCGAUGCAAGGCCCUAGACAAGAAACGAAAACCGAGCCUGAGAUCGCUAUCGAGUCACAAUCCCAGAGCGUAUCACCGCGCCCUCUUCCUUUCCGCGAACAUUUUGAUGUCGAGGCACCCUCUCAGUCACCGCCGAAUCCCUCCAAAACCCCCAAAUUAGGAUUGGUGACCAACUCGCCCAAGAUGGAUCUUGCCAUGCAAGAUAUACCCGAGACUCCUUCGGCCUUCUCACCUCGUGCCACAGAAUUUAUGGCCUCGCCAUUUGGCAUCAAGGCGGCAGGCGACCUGGCCGUCAUCGGCCACGGGAAAAGGCCAACGAAAGGAUUACUGCUUCCACGACAAACAUUUUCCUCGACUUUCAAUGCAGCAGGCGAUCAGAUACCAACACCAUUUGAUCCGAGGAGUCCCCAUCAACAGGGCGAGGCCCCGGAGAUUCUGAGAAACAUCGACGAAUUCUUGUAA